AUGCAAUUGAUCGGCUGUACCUGUUCAGAUAUAAUGCGCCAGUCCAGUGUUCAGCCGAUCCACAGGAUCCACAAGGAAAGAGCUUGUAGUAAGAGCGGACAGAACAUAGAGAGCCUAUUUCAGCAGCAUGCAACUGGAGUAGGUUCGGCAGCUUAUCCGCAGGGGAGAGACGAGGCGGCCCGCCAGUUACAGCUAAUAGCUAUGGAGCCUCAAGCUGUUCAGAACAGAGAUGACCUGUUCGUUUGGCCCUGGAUGGGUGUUUUGGUCAAUGUGCCUACUGAACGGAAAAAUGGGCGCCAUGUUGGAGAAAGUGGAAACCGGCUGAAGGAGAAGCUCUCGUGCUUUUGCCCACAGAAAGUUAUCCCUUUGUGGAACUAUAGAGGCCACACAGGGAAUGCUAUUGUUGAGUUUGGAAAAGAUUGGACUGCCUUCAAUAAUGCACUUGCCUUCGAAAAUCACUUUGAGUCAGAAGGAUAUGGCAAACUGGACUGGAAGGCGUACAAGCAUCGACGACCGGGGAUGUUUGGAUGGGUUGCAAGGGCUGAUGAUCAGAAAUAUCCAGGGCCGAUCGGAGAUUAUCUGCAUAAAAAUGGUGAUCUGAAAACUAUUGCAGAUGUUGAGAAUGAAGAAGCACGCAAAACAAACAAACUGGUAGCGAAUUUAGCUAGCCAGAUUGAGGUAAAGCGAAGGCAUGUGGAAGAACUUGAAUGUAAGUACAAUGAGACGACCACCUCACUUGACAUGAUAAUGGAGCAAAAGGAUCAGCUGCUCCGGGCAUACAAUGAAGAAAUACAUAAGAUGCAGCAACUUGCUCGUAGGCAUUCACAGAGGAUCAUUGAUGAGAAUCAAAAGCUCCGUUCAGAACUUGAGUCCAAGAUGCAGAACCUUGACUUAAGAUCCAAACAGCUUGAUGAGCUAGUUGCGCGUAGUGAAUCUGACAGAAGGAACCUUGAGCACGAGAAGGAAAAGAACGGUGUUAAAACAAAGCAUCUUAAGAUGGCAACAUUGGUGCAACAGAAGGCUGAUGAAAAUGUGCUCAAGCUUGUGGAAAAACACAAGUUAGAGAAACAAGUCGCUCUAGAUAAGAUUAUCAAGUUGGAGCAUCAACUGGAUGCCAAGCAGAAGCUUGAGUUAGAAAUAAAACAGUUGCAGGGUAAAUUGGAAGUCAUGAAGCAUAUGCCAGGUGAAGAAGACUCUGAAUCGAAGAAAAGAAUAGAUGAACUUAGUGAGGAGUUACAAGACAAAUAUGAUGAAAUGGAUGCAAUGGAGUCACUCUACCAUACUCUGCUUAUCAAGGAACGGAAAAGCAAUGAUGAAUUGCAAGAUGCUCGGAAGAAGCUGAUAGAUGGUUUGCAGACUAUUACAACUGGUCGAGCAAAUAUUGGCAUUAAAAGAAUGGGCGAACUUGAUCUUAAAUCACUUGCAAUUGCUUGCGGACGUAAAUUGUCAAAAGAAGAUGCAGAAGUGACUGCUGCCAUUCUUUGUUCGAAGUGGGAGGCUGAUAUCAAAAAACCAGAAUGGCACCCUUUUAGGGUUGUCAUGGUUAAUGGGAAAAAAAGGGAGCUUAUCUCUGAAGAUGAUGCGAAGCUUCAGACCCUAAGAGAAGAGUAUGGCGAAGAAGUCUAUUCUUUGGUGACAAAGGCGCUGCUUGAAGUUAACGAGUACAACCCCCGUGACCGCUAUCCCGUACCGGAGCUGUGGAACUACAAGGAGGGCCGCAAAGCAACACUGAAAGAGGCCUUGCAGUACGUCCUGAAACAGUGGCGGGCACACAAGAGGAAGCGCUGA